AUGUGGGACACAGGUCUCAUCAUGUUCGUGAGCCUACUGGUUCUCCUGGUCUGGCGAUUCUUCUUCCCCUUCGCCUUCUUGACGGACCGACUACAGCAGGCAAACUACACCAUCGUUUUGUAUGGACUGCUUGCCAUACUGUUCAUCUACGACACAAGCCUCUUCGUGACGACUGCAAUGGCUCCAGACGGAAAGACGUCGUGGUCGGGGCUUCCUCGGUGGCUUCGACCGCUGAUUCUGGCGGCACCGACCGUGCUGUUCAUCACGCUGAUGAUGUGCUUCAGCCAGACCGGCCUGCACCUGUUCAAGGUCCGUUCAGGAGACGCUGCCUCCUUCCACGAUCAGGUCAUUCAGGUCUUAGCUUUGCCAGCCGUCUACGGUAGCAUGGCCUUCAGCAGCAGCCCGGAUGAACUCGGUACAGAGGCAUGUGAAUCGCCAUCCUUCUGA